AUGGCUGCCGACUGGAGAGAGAAUGCACGGCAAUAUUGGCGACCCCUUGUCGACGCACGAUUCUCGGGUCCCUCCGACCCGGCACGUCUCGAUAUGAUGGAUGGCGAGCUCGACGUAUUGCUACGCGAAAUGAGAGUCAGAGCCCUGCGCCUACGGAACAACUCUACUCGGGCGUGUAGCCUACCCACGGAGAUUCUGACCAACAUCUUCUCGGACCUGCGUGAUAUGUGGGCUCCGGAACGCUUGGACUCCUUCCUGUCUGGCUGGAUGGUCGUAACUCAUGUAUGUAGUAAAUGGAGGGAGGUUGCAGUGGGUGCCCCCGGACUUUGGGCAAAACACUCAGAAUUCUUGGGCACGUCCUUGCGCUACCUACCGACGAUACUUGCCCGCUCCAAGAAUCAUCCGCUCGACCUUACCGCGUUGUGGCCAGAACCGCCCGAAAGAAACGACCUGGUCGGCUGGCUCUCACCGCCUAUUUGUUCCCGAGUGAAGCACUUGCACCUAGAGGGGUUUGCAGACGAUGACUGCGAGCAACUACUGCCAGAGAUAUCACCAUACCUCUCGAAGUUACAAACCCUAUAUCUCGAAACCGACUGCCCUUACGACAGGGAUGUUGAACUUCCACACGAACUCUGCAACAUAGUCGCUAUCACCGACCUUACCUUGAAGGGCUUCAGCCUUCCUUGGACUUCCCCGAUCUUUUCGACAAGUAUAACCACGCUCACGAUCCACAUGAGCGGCAAUCCUAUCACCCAGCCGACAUCCGCUUGUUUCGAGGACUUCUGUUCCAGCAUGCCGCUCUUACAAUCACUCAGGCUCGACAAUGUUGUCCCUCUAGAUCACUCAGACGACAUCAUAUACAUGCCGCGGACACUGAGAUACUUCAACUUACGAACAUACACAUCCUCGAACGUCUUACGUUCCCUAAGCAUCCUGCCUCAACUGCGUUUUCCAGACCCUUGCAUGCGAUCCGCGUCAAUCCACGACGAUGAACACCGUGUUGACGAACAUCUACUGGAUACCUGUGAGCCUCUCAAACGCUGUCUUGAGCGUUUCCACCUUUUCGGCAACGAGGCUGAGGAUGGCCCAAUGGAGCUCUAUUACAACUAUGGCCAAAUUCUCGCUAUGCAACGCGAGCAAACCAGUCGUUUUCUGGACUCAGCCCUAUUGCAAACAUGGACUCUUCCACACGACAGUGUUGGAUCGGCAACCGGUGCGCACACGCUCCUCCGCGUCGAUUGUACCUCGUUCGACGACGGCAUUUCAUCGCUCCGUCUCAACGAUCUUCGCGCUAUCACGAUUGCCCCCGAUUCCAGGACAGACUUGGCAUCGCUCAUGCCUCGUUUCGCUUCGCAUGCCUCACGCGUACACCGUGUCGGACUUUGGCUCUCGCGGAGCGCCGCAGUCCUGCAUGCGCUUAUGAAAGUCGAACGUGGGAAAUUCGCGAUAUUCCCUUGUCUCAAGAUCCUAGUGCUUCGGGGUAUACAAUAUGUUGAAUAUGCCAAUGAGGCGACACUCUUCGCCCAGCUGACGGCACUCGUUGCUCUUGUUGAACUCCGAAGAAGUGCGGGUUCGCCGCUCAUGGAGAUUUUCGUGUCGCGGAGCACCGAAUCGUGGGGGGUCUGGGACGCUCUCCGAAGGGACGUCACAAUCUCUUUCUAUGAAUGUUGA